UGUAAUAGUUAGGGUUUGUUCAUCUGGUGUAUUGUUGAAUCUCUCGUCUGUUGAAGAGAUUCCUGUGUAUUGUUGGUAUAGAUGAUCAUCUAUGGAUGAUCAUCAACUCUGGUUGUAUCGUUCCAUUUGUAUUGAUCUUACGGUUGUAAGAUCUUAGGGUUUGGGGGGCACUUUUUCUGGUUUGGGUAAAUAAGAGUUUUGGUCACGUUUUGUCGCUAUAUCUUGUUCAUCUUUGUUGCUUUCUGUUAUUUCCAUCAUAAUACCAUUGUUUUAACAGCUUCACAUCGAUAGCGACCACACCAACCGUUUAACCGCCACCUCCACGUUAUCGCAACCACCGUCUCUGUCACCUAGAACCGGUGCAAUCGGAGCCGUUGAUUCGUUAUCACUUGCGAAUAUUAACAACGAUUCAAACUGUUCCGAUGUUGAAUUCAGCUUCUACGAGGAGGAGUUUCAGAUGCAGCUCGCUCUCGCGAUUAGCGUGUCGUCAGGAUCGGCAGAGGCGACGGCGCGUUUACCUCAGGCGCCGGAAUCGGUUGUGGAGUUUCUCUCGCUUCGAUAUUGGAGUAAUAAUGUUGUAAACUAUGAUGAGAAAGUGACGGAUGGGUUUUAUGAUGUGUACGGGAUCGCUUCUAAUUCAGUAACGCGAGGGAAAAUGCCCUCAUUAGUGGAUCUUCAAGCCAGAACCGGUACUGAUGAUGUUGAUUACGAAGUAACUUUAGUGGACAGAAGAACCGAUAAGGAGCUACAGCACCUUGAGGAAAGGGUUUCAAAUAUAUCACUGGAAUGUCAGGCUACCGGGAUGAGCCAGAUUAUAAGUAGGUUGGUUGUGAAAAUUGCAGUUAUCGUUGUUGCACACAUGGGUGGUCCUGUUAAUGAUGUAGAUGAAAUGUCGAGAAGGUGGACUACUAGAAGCUAUGAAUUAAGGAACACUCUGAAAACUAUUCCUCUUGGUUCUAUUGAUUGUGGCCUCUCUCGUCACAGGGCCUUGCUUUUUAAGGUAUUAAAUGUCUUUGCCUCACUUAGCGGAAUAUCUUUUUAGU